CUGAAUGCGUGCCUGUCAAACUCUAGGACAUGGGGGUUCAAAUAGAGGUGUUUAGGACGCACAGAAGCUGUAAACGUCCCACUUUGCUCACCACUGCACUGGCGAUGUUUUGGAUAUCAAACCAAGCGGAGUAUUUUGAGGAAUACAUCGUGAAGCGAAAGAGGGAGAUCUUCCCACCUGAUGAGAAAAUGCAUAGGCGAGAACUGGAGGAUUUCAAGGAGCGCAUGAGAAACCGGAGGGAGCAGAAGAUGCUGAAACAGAUGGGCAUGCAGUCUGAGGAGUGACUAUAAAACAACAGCACUUGUUAUUGGGAUCAAGCCUUUAUGUGAACAUAGAAACACUCAUGCUUCUCCCAAAGUGUCAAACCAUGUAGUUGAAAACACAAGAAGAAUAUUGUUUCCGGGCAUAAUUUAAUAAAUGGGUGGGGGAAAUGUAUAUUUUUGUCAAUAUAUAUCAUAUAUAUUUCAUUGCCUUUGAACAUUCACAAUCAAAUGGUUUGACUUUAUUGUGUGUGAU